CGAUGCCAACAGCCUACGAACUACAACGUGAACGAAAUAUCGCUGCAAACAAAAAACUCUUGGAAUCACUCAACAUUCCACAAGUUUUUGCUCCCAAGGCCCAAAAAACCAAAGCCAGGAAGCGAAGGGCGCCAACUCCCGAGCCUACAGACGACGAGCCACCGUCCAAAGUUGUGCGUGUCACGGCCUCAGCUGACAAUGUAGACGCGCCUUCCACCGGUCUACGCAGAAGUGGACGCAAUGCUGGUAAAAAGAUCGACUACGUUGCUGUGCAAGAGCGAGGUCAGCCUACUCCCGUCUCUCAAAGAGUAGGUGUCGAUCACGACACGGAGCCCAGUAGGCCUAUGGGAAAGCGGAAAUAUGACCCUAAAACAUUUGGAUCCAUACCCGGCAUCGAAGUUGGAACCUGGUGGGAGACAAGAGAGGCUUGUAGUGCGGACUCCAUCCACGCACCCUGGGUGGCCGGGAUCUCUGGGUCGUCUGCGGGUGCAUAUUCCAUUGCUCUUUCCGGAGGUUACGAAGAUGACGUCGAUCUGGGUUAUGCUUUUACCUUCACCGGCUCUGGUGGCAGAGACUUAAAAGGCACCAAAAACGCGCCGAAGAACUUACGAACUGCACCUCAAAGCUCAGAUCAGUCGUUUGAAAACUCAUUCAACAAGGCCUUGAAGAUAUCUUCCGAAACUCACAAACCGGUGAGGGUGAUCCGGGGAUACAAGCUCAAGUCCCCGUUUGCUCCCAUUGAAGGCUAUCGCUAUGACGGAUUAUACGUGGUCGAAAAGGCUUGGAUGGAAAAGGGUCUGAAUCCGAAGGGGUACAUGGUCUGCAAGUUUGCCUUGAAGAGACUUCCUGGCCAACCUCUUCUUCCUCGAGAUGAAGAUAAAAUGAAUCGGUCGUAG